UCUAAGAACCAAUAUCCACUAUGUAAACUUAUAUUAUAUGUAUAUAUUUUUAAGCCUAAUGAAGUCGAGCUUAAUCGAGCCAAGUUUAUUUUUGGCUUGACUUAAAAUGUUAAUGACAUGCUUUUGGCUAGUAGUUUAGUGGAUGAAGGAACGAACAAAGAGGCAGGUCUGCACUGACGGAAGCUUCGACCGUCGUCCACUCCAGUCCCGUCGGCUUCCUUGGAAUAUUUUUCUCCUCUGCCGCUGCCUUCUCCCCAAGCUCGGACUAGCCGUUAUGCUCAGCGACGACGGUUAAAAAGGCCAACCGAGACCCCCGCACUAGCCGUUACAAAACCAGCAAUGCCGCUUGACAUCCGACCGUUACAUUAGCGAUUUCAAAAAAUACCAACUCAAACCAAGAACACGCACAACAAAUUAAUAACCCGUUCACGAUCCAGGGUUAGAAGGGAAUCGAUCGCAGAGCAAGGAAAAGAUGACGGGAGGUAUAGAGGAGGAGAUGCAUCUCCUAAGAUCCAGGGCAACGGAGCUUUCCCUCAGGGAGGACUGGAAGGAAUACAUCAACCUCUACACCCACCUCAUCUCCCUCUGCGACCACCAGCACUCACCCAGCAGCGACGCCAAGCUCCACAAGACCCUCUGCUUGGCCCUCUCCAACCGCGCGGAGGCACGGUCACGGCUUCGGGAUCUCUCUGGUGCAUUGGAGGACUGCGAUCGCGUGCUCGAGAUCGAUCCUACCCACCUCAAGGCCAUCAUUUGUAAGGGCAAGAUCUUGCUCGAUCUCGACCUGUACACGCAAGCGUCCGGCUGCUUCCAGCAGGCCUUCGUCAAUCAGGGAACGGGCAACGCGGAAGCUCUUCGAAGGCUCUUGGGGCGAUGCAGGAGAUUGGAGGCCCAGUCGAGAACAGGCGCUCUGGAUAUUUCAGACUGGUUGCUGAACGGGUUUGGUGGAAAUCCUCCCGAGCUCGCAGAAUACGUUGGUCCAGUCGAGGUCCGGAGAUCGGCCAAUGGUGGAAGGGGGCUCUUCGCCACCAAGAGCGUCGAAGCUGGAACGCCGCUGGUGAUAACGAAGGCGAUUGUGCUUGGAAGAGGGAUUCUGCCGGAGACGGCCGGCGGGCCUGGCGAGAACGCCAGAAUGGUGAUGUGGAAGGACUUUGUGGACAAGAUUCUCGACGCCACGGAGAAAUGCAGCAGGACCCUCUAUUUGAUCUACACACUGUCCGCAGGGGAUGAGGAAGGUGGUCCGGGGAUUCCUGUAAUGGGACUCUUCAGUCCAGGAGCGGCAAAGGAGAGCUUCAUUCUCGAGAACAGAGAGCCAGACGUGGAUAGGAUCUUGAAGGUCCUGGAUGUGAAUUGUCUAACCGAAGAGGCAUUCUCUGCCAAAGUUCUUGGGAAGAACAGCGGCUACUGCGGCGUCGGGCUGUGGAUAUUGCCUUCCUUUGUGAAUCACUCGUGCAGCCCCAACGCGAGGAGAUUGCAUAUCGGUGACAGGGUGGUGGUCCAUGCCUCAAGGGAUGUGAAGGCAGGGGAAGAGAUCACCUUCGCCUACUUCGACGUGUUCUCGCCACUGAGCAAGCGAAGAGAGAUGUCUAAAAGAUGGAAGUUUCAUUGCCACUGUGAGAGGUGCCGAUUCGAGGAGAAGGUUUUAUCUGCACAGGAGCUGAGGGAGAUGGAAAUGGUGCUGGAAAGCGGGUCCGACAUGGGUGGAGUCUCGUCAAGACUGGAGGAAGGGAUGAGGAGAUGGAUGGUGAAGGGGAGGGAGAAAGGUUUCCUGAGGGCAUCCUUUUGGACUGCUUACUAUGGUGUUUACGAGUCGGAGAAGUUGAUGAGGAAGUGGGGGAGGCAAAUUCCGGCUGAGGCCGUGGUGGCGGAGAGUGUGUCGGAGGCUGUGGGAGGGGAUGAGAGAGUCCUGAAGGUACUACUGGGGAGACUGAAGAAAAAGGGAGGCAUUGGUGGCAGUGCUGUUGGUGGCCUGGAGAUGGACAAGGCAAUGAGACUGGGGAGAGGGACAUACGGAAAGGUGGCGAAAAAACAAGGUAUGAGAGCUCUAUUUGAGCUUGCAUUAGCAAGCAAUGCCCAUUAGAUUUUGCUUUUAUUUUAGUUGCUCUUGUAAUUUUUUUUCCCUUAAUCAGCACUCUUUUGAGGAAGACUGAUAAUAUGGUCAAGGAAUUCUUGACCAGGUUUUAUUUCUCCAUUGUUGAUGUCAUUCGAUGCAAUAAAGUUUUAUAUGCAAGUUAAUUAAGCUUUUUAUCUGGAUCAGAUUGAACUUUAAAUCUCCAAAGCCAUGGUAGAUUGUAAUAUGUUAGAUUUGGUUGUCAACUAAGCCAUUCCAAUAGCAUGCUGAAUGACUCGAUUUGAGCUUGCAUAAGCAAGCAAUGCCCAUUAGAUUUUGCUUUUAUUUUAGUUUCUCUUGUAAUUUUUUUCCCUUAAUCAGCACUCUUUUGAGGAAGACUGAUAAUAUGGUCAAGGAAUUCUUGACCAGGUUUUAUUUCUCCAUUGUUGAUAUCAUUCGAUGUAAUAAAGUUUUAUAUGCAAGUU